GUCGAUUGUCGCGCCUGCAUCCAGUUACGACUGUCUGGUCGCUUCGAACACAAGUCGCCUCUCGCUCUCAGCUCGAACUCAUCUUGUGAGCAAACACAAACCUGCAUCAGUAGCCUCUUUGUUGAGUCUGCUGUUGUCACGCAAAAAUUCACUUGCUGUCGUGCUCGCUCUCUUCUGCCGACAUCACACCGACCAAGCUUCAAUGCAGUAGCAGCCCGCCGAGGGAACAUCUUCUCAAGUGCUGUCUGGUCUGACUUGAAUCUUCCAAAGCUGGGAAAGAAGAGGAUACCAAUGAGGAAUUAAUACUUGGGACACUCUAUUGCCGCCGGCAGGACAAGGACCAACCGCCAAAAUGCUCGCAAGAGUACUUCCGGGCACUUACUGGGCCAUUCUUUUGGUUUACCUCGCCUCAAUAGCGUCGAUUGUUAAGAGCACACAUGGACUGGAUAUCUCUUACUGCUCACCGGAAAACAAUGCUGGCUCUUAUCCCAGUUACUACAGCUUGUACAUGUCCAAUGGACUAUGUCAGGACCAUUGCCAAGGAUCCUAUGCAUUCGCAGUGAUUGAAGGCUACUAUUGCUGGUGUUCCAACUACAUUCCGGCGGACCAGGAAAGCACAUACAAUUGCGACCAGCAGUGUCCAGGUUAUGGCUCCGAAUGGUGCGGUAAUACUGAUGCUGGCUUGUACGCAUAUUUCCUUUUGAGCGCAGGAACUCCUCUCGGUACCUCUGGAACGGCCGCCAGCACCGCCGCCGCUGCCACGACCACUUCUUCGUCGGUUAGUACCUCUCGCGCUGUGCCUGGAUCUUCCUACUCCCAGACCACGUCCAACGUUCCGACAACAUUCUCUUCCUCGUCCCUUUCUUCAGUGGCCACAGUUGGAUCUUCUGGAUCUUCUCAGAGUUCCUACGAGGCUAGUUCUGUUACUCCCGGGUCAUCAAGCGCUGUCUUGACCACCUCCCCAAGCUCCACUAGCUUCAUUACUCCGUCGACAACAUCCACGUCAACCACGUCACCCACGUCAACUUACAUCGCCCCCACGACAUCGUCCGACCCGACGACCAGCGCGGCCCCCACUACGAGUGUUACACCUAGCCCUACCACUACGGCGACCCCGACCGAAGUUUACACCAGCGUUAUGACCGUGACUGGUGAAAUUCGGACCGUUGUGGUAACUCCAACAGCAUCGUCUGAUGCCACUUUGGGUCAAUCCGCUACUGGCGGCGGCGGGGUCAGCACAGGAAAAGUUGUUGGUAUUGUCCUGGGCUCCGCACUGGGCGUAGGCGCUCUCAUAGGAGUGGGAGUAUGGAUGUGGUUCCGACGGCGGCACAGGAAGAUUGCCGAACAAACCGGACCUGAGACGUCCUUCGUUCCUCGGACUGGUGACGCCUCCCCUUCGAACAAUAUUCCUUCACGACAAGUUAGUCAGUUGUCAUCAUCAGGACUGCUUGGAAGCAAGAUUCCGCGCAUCAAUACUGCGGGGAUGCCACCAGGCAACGACCCGCGGAGCGCCGAUACAACUUCUAGUGGCUUUGAUCGACGAAGUCUGGCCACCGACCAGAGAUUGAACCCAUACGCCCUCUAUAUCCAUGACGAAAGCCGUCUGAGCAACGUGUCUCUUCAGGAUAACACCGAUUACUCCCGCCAAUUACGGGUGGCUAAUCCCGAUUGAUCUUGAUCCCCUCGAAUUCAUGUCGAUCCUGAACGGAUCACACACUUCGCUGAUCUUUAAUCGUGCUCGAGAAUCGUGGGCAUAAAGACAGCUCAUGAGCGAAAACAUUGUCAGAAGGCCUUCUACACCAAUGGAUCUGAGGAAUAGUUGUUGUUCACGAUUCUCAGAUUCACAACCGGAUCCGGCACGGAAGCAGA